AUGUUUUCCAACGCGCUAAAGUCAUUCAGCUCCAAUAUCUCCGCCAACUAUCAGAUCUCCCCUCAUGCCACGAUCUAUUCGGGCCCUUGGAAAAUUCAUGAUGCCAAGAAGAAAUCCACCGGGACUACCGCCUCCGUCUUUAUUUUCGAUCGCAAGACCCUCGAACCGCGAUCCGGUGGCUUUGGCUCUCGUUCAGCCUCCGGUACAAAAAAGAUCCAAGACGAUGUGAUUGAACGACUCAAGCGGGAAGCUGGAAAUCUCGCCAAAUUGAGGCACCCCUCAAUCCUUCAGGUGCUGGAGCCGGUCGAGGAGACCCGCGGCGGCGGCCUCAUGUUUGCGACAGAGCAUCUGACCGCGUCAUUGUCAGGGCUGCUCUUGGAUAAGAACGAGCAGGAGGGCGCAUCCGGUGGGGGCUUGCGGGCGGGCCGUUACAUGGUGGAGAGUGCGGAUGGCACUCGCAGACGCCGGGAAUUUGAAAUUGAUGAGUUGGAAAUCCAAAAGGGGUUGCUCCAGGUCGCCAAGGGUCUUGAGUUCCUCCACGAAUCCGCUGGCCUGGUUCAUGGUAAUCUCAACCCGGAUGCUAUUUACAUCAAUGCCAAGUCAGACUGGAAGAUCUCCGGCCUUGGAUUUGCCGGGCCGCCAGAUUCCUCCGAGACUCCCUCAUCAUUACCACCGCUCGCCGUCUCCGAGGUUCUGUAUCAAGACCCAAGACUGCCAGCUUCCGUCCAACUUAAUAUGGACUUUACCUCCCCGGACUUUGCUUUGGAUUCCAACGUUUCAUCCGCCGCUGAUUUGUUUUCUCUGGGCCUCAUCAUUAUUGCUCUUUACAAUUCGCCUCAUGUCUCCCCUCUAGAGACCCAUAUGAAUCUGUCGACAUAUAAAAAGCUCCUUAGCUCUCCUUCAACAACGCCAUCUCAAAGCAACAAUUUCCUUUGCACGAACCCGAUUCCUAAGGAUGUUCAAUCUCAAGUCCUCCCCCGCCUCAUUACUCGGAGACCGGCUCAGCGCAUGAAUGCCCGCGAGUUUCAACAAUCCCAAUAUUUCGAUAAUGUUCUGGUAUCAACCAUCCGCUUUUUAGAGUCCUUACCCGCCAAGAAUCCAAAUGAGAAGUCUCAAUUCCUAAGAGGGCUUCAACGGGUUUUGGCAGACUUCCCCAUCUCAGUGUUGGAAAGAAAGCUCCUCGGGUCCCUGUUGGAUGAAAUGAAGGAUCGUGAGCUACUUGCUCUGCUGCUACAGAAUGUCUUUGGUAUUCUCAAACGUAUCCCCAAUGGACGUCGCAUUUUCCCCGAGAAGAUUAUCCCUCGCUUGAAAGAGGUCUUUGGAACCGGCCAAGGAAAAGCAACAGCCCCGGAACGCGACUCCAAGAAGGAUGCAGGGCUCAUGGUCGUGUUGGAGAACAUGAAUCUUGUCACAGAAAAUUGCUCCGGCAUGGAAUUCAAGGAUGAUAUUCUACCCUUAAUACGGCUUGGUUUGGACUCGCCCACCCAUUCCCUGGUGGACGCUUCUAUCAAGUGCCUCCCUGUAUAUUUGUCCACACUCGAUUUUAGCACCGUCAAAAAUGAAGUUUUUCCGCCUAUCGCGAGCACUUUCAGCAAAACAAGCAGUCUCGCUAUCAAGGUUCGCAGCCUGGAGGCUUUCGCCGUCCUGUGUGGUGGAUUGGCGGAUGAAACGGAUGGGCUCGAUGAUUUUUCUGGUGUCGUCCAGCCUACCAAAACCGCUAAAUCAUCUAUCCUGGACAAGUAUACCAUCCAAGAAAAGCUUGUUCCUUCCCUCAAGGCCAUCAAGACAAAAGAACCUUCCGUCAUGAUGGCGGCUCUUAAGGUGUUCCGUGAAGUUGGAAAGGUUGCCGACACGGAGUUUCUCGCUCUGGAAGUACUUCCCAUUCUUUGGAGCUUCAGCCUUGGUCCCCUCCUGAAUUUGAGCCAAUUCAACGAGUUCAUGACCUUGAUCAAGUCUCUGUCGAUCAAAAUCGAGAAGGAACAAACCCGAAAGCUCCAAGAGCUUUCGUCGGGUGGAGACUCUGGGGGUUUCCAGAAUGGUGCCAACGGUUUCUCGCAGUCUGCCACCGGCCUUACGUCUCCUGAUGGGGACAGUGCCAAAGACAACUUCGAACGACUUGUCCUUGCUAACAAAAAACCAUCGUCAAAUGGCAAGGACGCUGACAUUUGGGGGAGCAUGGAGCCAGAGCCAGCCACUAAACGACCCAGCAUGUCACCUGCAUUCUCGUGGUCCACUGACAAUCACUCUGGCCAUGGGGCAUCGAACCAGCUGGGCAUCCGAUCCAUCACCCCUGACCAGAAGUUGAACACGAUCCCUUCGCUCGAGCCUGGGCGGCAGACAUCACCCCCAAUGGCAAAUUCGCCCUUUCCAUCUAUGCAAUCCAUGCAGCCAUCUCAAACCUGGAACAUCCAGAAUCAGGCUAUGAAUAGACCUGGCUCUAUGUCUUCGCUAUCCGGCAUGUCUACCGGAACACCAAUGUCCCAGCCGGCCUUACAACAACAGCAAACCCCAAACUACUCAUCAUUCUCCAUACCACCACCACCGGCAAACAUGGGCACCACAAGCCCGAAUAAUUCGAUCAGGACACCCUCGCUAAGUAUGAAUAUGAACAUGAAGGCAACUACCCAACCACCACCGCCGCCGCAACCGCAGCAACAGAGAUCGGGACUUGAUAAGUACGAGAGUCUAUUAUGA